AUGGACGUCGAGAUGGAGCCGCCCGGCCCGUCCAUUGUGCCACCACCACCACCACCACCGCCAUCAACACCAACACCAGCACAACCACAAAUACAACCACAAAUACAACCACCACCACCACCACAACCACCGGCGCUGUCUCCUCCUCUUCUCCCCCCGCCUCCCCCUCCUCUUAACCUAGGUUUGGAGCAGCCACAAACCGUAGGGGCCCCUCCUGCCACUGUUAUCCGGCGGAGAGCUCCAAUCGCCUGCCGAAGAUGCCGCCGUAUGAGAAGCAAAUGCCACCACGACAAAGCAAAGCCACCAUGUCGAGGUUGCGCCGACGCUGGCCUCGGCCCUAGCGACUGUGUCUUCCCGGUGCGUGGUCAGCCGGAUCAGGACCGCGAGUACCGCCAUCCUCGAGUGAGGGCCGAGAAGAGCAAGAAGCGAGACGAAACUAAGGCCCGCCGUGGGAGCCGGGACGCCCCAGCCCCGCCACGUGCGAAUCAGCUCGCGCCUGCAAAUCUCGCCCAAAGCUCUGAUGGCUGGGACCUCCUACCCCCGCUGCCCGAAAUCCUGGAGUCCCUCAAUCAGUUUACACGCCACUACUUUCAGCUUGGCUUCCUCCCGAAACAGCUGUUCCCGGAGCGUCUUCGGACCCAGCAUCGGUCUGUCAGCGUGUUCUUUCUGCUCGGUAUUCUCAGCAUCUCAGCCCGGUUGACGCCGGCAUUAGUGAAGCGGUAUGGAAGCGCUGUGAGGGCCUCCGAGACCUUCAUGGAGCGUUCCUCGGCCCUAGCCCAGAACGAGCUUUACAAGGAGCCGACUCUCGAGAGGUGCCAGGGUUUCUACCUACUAAGUAUUGCGCAGCAAGGAAGUGGGAUGAGGCAUAAGAGCUCGAUCAACAUGGCGAUUGCAAUGCGGAUGGCGACUCUGAUGCAGCUUCAUAGAGAGGAAACCUACGUCGUGCCGAACCCAACGAAGGAGCUAAUCAUACGGGCCGAAUCUGCUCGGAGGACCCUGUGGAUGCUGCACAGCCAGGACAACCUUCACUCGGGCCCACGGUCCCCCGUAUUGUUGUCGGCGAACGAUAUUACAGCAUUGCUUCCUAGUAACGAAAGCGACUUCGCCAACGCGCGAGAACCACAGUCAAGAGCGGCGCUUGAGGGCACCCCCCCGGCCCUAGAGAACCCUGCUCUAGUUGCCAUCGAAGGGAGAUCUCUAUUCGCUACGCUUAUCCAGGUACACCAACACUGGGGAGCUAUUUAUCGACGAGCCAUUAGCAAUAACCGAAGUCCGCGACCAUGGGAACCAGACAGCGAGUAUGCCGAAAUGGAAAGGCGGCUCGAAGAAUGGGAGGGCGGCCUUCCGAACGACUACCGCUGGAGCAGUCUUCUUCUCAAGGGUUAUAAACAGGAGGGUCAGGAUCUGGCACGUCGCGUCCUCCUAGGUGCCCAAAUCCCCCUCGAUCGAGACCCAUUACGUCGACAAAGCUCCCGGCGAUGGCCCUGGCGCGCAGAUGGCGGUGAGCACAAAUGGACAAAUCCUCGGCGUACUCAAUCUGAUGAAACCUUUGCAGGCAUUUUGCUUCUAUACCUGUGGUGUUCUGGCUUGCUAUCCCUGCAAAUUUCCAAACACUCUCAGAACGCCAUGGCUGUGGGAACGGAGGGUAGCAUGGCUGACAGCCCCAUCCAACCCCGUAUCGUGGCUCCAACCCCAAAUGAGAACGGGGUCCGACCUCAGAGCCCUAGUAUGACAGGGCUCACCCUCCAGCAGCAACAGCCGUCCGCACCAACCGCGUACACAGACCCCGGCCUCGGCCCUCCCGCUCCCCAGCCGCAAGCUCUGCCCAACCCACCACCACAACAACCGCAACAAGUCGUCAUGGACCACGGGCAGGCGCCGCUCCAGGCCGCCGGGACUAGGCCGACCACUGACGGGCUCGGCCUUUUGAUAGAAGCAUUUGACGCUCGCCAGUCCGCCGCGGCGGCCGUCCAAGGAGUGCAAGGGGUGCAAGGGGUGCCGGGGAACAACAACGCACCUCCUCCACCCGGCACGGCAUAUGACCCGCAUGCGACGCCGCAGCAGUACUACCCGCAGUCGGCGCUGGCCGUGAAUGACGGGUACGAGAACGAGCUGGGGUACUACAUGUCGGACGGGGUGCCGCCGGCGAUGCAGCAGAGUUGGGCUGGGGGAGGGGAUAUGUAUGGGUACUGA